CUGUCUCGUGAUAGCUUUGUGACAAAAAGCGAGGGCAAAAAGCUGUCAGACGCCGUUUGGGUAUGACCACCCACCCCUCCAAAGAGGGUUAUUUGUCUCCAGCUGUAACCGCUGACAUGUUUUGAGAAACACGAAGUUUUCUGAGCCAUUUCGUAAUGGAAUCGAAAUCAUGGCUUCAGUUACUAGAUUCGAUGCGUUAUCAAGGCGAUCCCUUGGCUGACAAAGCUAUAGAAUCUGUGGUUCGAGAACACGGUGCUAAUAAAUUAAAAUCAGCGAAUGCCUACUCUUCUGUCGAGGGUUUAGCGAAGCAAGGCGAUAAAGAAUGCACAGAGUUCCUGGCCUUUUACGAUCGCGACCCACCCUGGCUAAAAGAUAGUAGUAUUCCAUGGGUAUCACGAUUUCGUGAUGGAAGGAGAUUUUUUGUCCGGAACGCUCCGUCGGCCGGUUUAGCUUUGAUGUAUGGAAGUUUGAUAGCUUUAUUCGCUGUCAAUAGUGAAAAUAAAGUCCUUUUAAAGACUGGCCGCCUAUCACAUUAUGGGGAUGUCCAGCGAAGAAUAUUUGAAACUCUGGCUUUUGUCAAGGAUAUAGUAUUAUGUGAAGAUAUUAAAGAUAUUAAAAGGACAGUGUGCAAGGUCCGCCUACUUCAUGCUCAAGUGAGAUAUUUCAUAAAGAAUUCAUGUGGAACAUGGAAUAGUUUAGAGCAGCAUGGUGAGCCGGUGAACCAAGAAGACCAGUUGGCAACUUUACUUGCAUUUUCAAUAGCAGUCAUCAAAGGACUCCGAAAACUCGGAAUACAAGGAUCAAAUAAUGAACACAAUAAUUACCUACUACUUUGGAAGUUUGUUGGACAUUAUUUAGGAGUUCAUGAAAACUUGCUGUGCGAUACUAUGUCAGAGACAAGUGACUUGAGCGACAUCAUCAAGCAGCGCCUUUGCCACCCGGAUGAGGCCUCUCAGAACCUUACCAAUGCUCUUCUGACUUCUUUUACUCACAGAAUGCCAUUCUAUUUGAGCUUCUCUGUAAGCAGUCAGUUAUCUCGCUAUAUCAUAGAUGAUGAGCGGAUAGCAAAUGGACUUGGACUUGAAAAAGUCACAUUUUCAACAAAGGUUGUGAUUAAUUUAUUGUAUGGCUUUAAUAUUGUACUUGAAUUUUUACAGCAUUAUAUUGGUCCAUUUGAAAACCUCCUGUACAAAUUUGGAAGAAAAGCACUCACCUCAUUAGUUGAGGUUUCAUUGCAUAAUAACAAACCUUCUUUUACCUUUAAAACCUUAAAACCAAACUAGCAGUUGCAUCAAAGUUGCAUCAACUGCAUCAAAGUUCAGAAAAUUAUCAUUUCAUCUUUUCAUAAGGAGAUCUCAAAGCUGUCAUACUAUUGCUUAAUUACUUUUACCUACCAAAGUCUCCACUUAACACAACAGAUGAGACAAGCACCUUUCCUAUUUAGUGUAAUGUUACACUGAAUGAACUGCUAACCAUGGAUAGCGCCUUUCUAAGAAACCAAUCCAAGUUUGUCUGUUGUCAAUUUUAAUAAACUCUUGGCUGCAACAAUGAUUCUACAAAAAUAAAUAACACAGUGUAAAUAUUCCUUUCAAUCAUAUUUU